CUGAUUGUUUAUCUCGUGAUUUUGAUUACUAGGGUUUCGUUUUUUUUUUCAGAGAGAAGGAGAGAAUCUGAAAGAGAUGAGUUACGGACAAGACACCGGUGUUGAGAGGCGCAAGGGCACUGUCAAGUGGUUCGACACACAGAAGGGGUUCGGCUUCAUCACUCCCGACGAUGGCGGCGACGAUCUCUUCGUUCACCAGUCCUCCAUCAGAUCUGAGGGCUUCCGAAGCCUCGCCGCGGAGGAGCCUGUCGAGUUCCAGGUCGAGAACGACAACAACGGCCGUCCUAAGGCGAUAGAGGUGUCUGGACCCGACGGCGCUCCUGUUCAAGGCAGCAGCGGUGGUGGCUCGUCUGGCGGAGGUCGUGGAUUUGGCGGCGGUGGAAGAGGUGGAGGUCGUGGGUUCGGCGGCGGAAGAGGUGGUGGUGGUGGUGGUCGAGGAGGAAGCGACUGUUACAAGUGUGGUGAGCCAGGUCACAUUGCGAGAGACUGUUCCGAAGGUGGAGGAGGAUACGGAGGAGGAGGAGGAGGGAGAGGUGGUGGUGGUGGAAAUGGUGGUGGUGGAGGUGGCGGCGGAGGAAGCUGUUACAGCUGUGGCGAGUCGGGGCAUUUCGCCAGGGAUUGCACUAGCGGUGGACGUUGAUCAGAUGGGGAAGCAUUAUCGCAGCUUAUUAUCUAUUUAUUGUUCGCUUUUUUGCUUGUGAUGGAUCUCUUUCGUUUCUUGGUUAAUUUUCGGUUAUCGGUUUAAUCACGUUGAUGGUUAUUUUGUUUAUGCUUUUUGACGGUUUAAUGGGGUACUUGUGAUGGGUGAAAGAUGAUUUCAUAAUUAAGACUGGUGUUAAUCCAUUUGUAUU